CACCAGAAGAAGUUGAUGUGGCAGGUAUAUUAGCACACAAGUGCUUGUUUACACAUCUAGCAAACAUCGAGUAACACAAUCCUUCGUUUGAAGUCGUGCUCCUGGUCAACCAACAAAUGUAAAUCCAGUAUUCACUCUACCUCUUAGCUCUGGUUUCGUCUACACCAACACUUGGGGACACUUGCUUAAGCUAAUGCUAAUGCUAAAUCCUCCACUCGCCACUCCACUCACUUAUCAUUACCUUUCUCUGUAAUUUGGUUCUGGGCAGACAGCGUAUGGUGGGAGUCAGAACAGUAAAUCUGAGGUCUGUAAAACCAAAACAGUGUCCUGAAAGAAGCUAAAAUGCUGCAUAACCUUCAGGUGAAAUACUGCGUCGCUGUACACGACUCAUGUUACAUUCAUGUAGUAAUUUGAGUCAUUGAAAUAAUAGGAGCUAUAGGAGCUUUAAUAGUCAGCUGUGGUGCAACUCUCUGCAUCAUAAAGAGGCAGCAAAGACCUGAACUGUUUAUAAAACCUAUAAGAUUAUUGAGUGAAAUGACCUCUUAACCUCCCCCAUUUCUUCUUUCUCUCUCCUCCAACAUAUUAAUGUUUUUCUGCUGAAUUUAAAGAACCUUUACACCUAAUGUUUUUACAUGCAACACUUAGAAUUUGAUUUCCUGGCAACACAUUUUGCCUUGAGUUUAUGAUUAUUUUCAAAGAGGAUUUACUGAGAGAAAAAAACAACAACAACAUGUCAAGAAGAUAGCAGACAUUUUUUUAAAAUAGCCCAUAUUCAUGUUGUAUUUAUCAUUAUUUGUCAUCAGUAUGUGGUGGUAGUAUGUGGUAUGGAUUUAAAGUAAAAUGUGGUGUUACAGGGUUAUUUUUUAAAAGUGUGUAUGCAGCGUUUCCAUCGUUUCCAUCUGUGUCAGAGGUCCUAUUGAACACUCCACUAAUACACUGCGUUAAUAGGAUUAUGAGGAGUGAUUUAGUCCUCUGAAGCUCCAUUCACAUGUUCAGUCAGAGUCAGGUGUUACAACCUGAAGAACAGACAUGAAAGACCCACAGCUCCCAGUCAUCAAAACGCAGUUGUGGCCAAAGCAGAAAUCAAGUAAAAAAUCCAAAGAUGAGGCCCAGAAGGUAGAGAAGACAGCAAAGCCACAGGCCUCGGCUCUCGCAUGUGUCUUACCACAAUUGACCGAGUCAGAGAGAAUGGCGCAGUCGCCGUUUGAGAGAGUCGUCUAUGACAUGGCCCACAACGAGAAGAUCAUCAACGACCUGAUGCUCGGUCGAAGGGUUGGCUUUUAUGAGCUGCGCGGGGAGAUCGGGCAGGGCAACUUCUCUACAGUCAGGCUUGGCAUCCAUGCCUUGACGAAAGAGAGAGUAGCCAUCAAAGUCAUUGACAAGCUGCGUCUGGAGAAGAGGAGCCAGCCUCUGACUUCCUCAGAAAUCAGCUGCAUGGAGAAACUGUGCCACCCCAACGUAGUGCGUCUUUACGAGGUGAUCGAGACCAGCCGGAAGCUUUAUCUGGUGAUGGAGUAUGGGAGUGGGGGAGACCUGUUCUCCCGAAUCACCACCAGGGGGAAGCUCAAUGACGUGGAAACCAAGCUGGUCUUUGCACAAGUCCUCUCUGCUGUUAAACACAUGCAUGACAACAACAUCGUCCACAGAGACCUUAAGGCAGAAAACAUCUUUUACACCACCAGCUACUGCAUCAAGGUCGGAGAUUUUGGCUUCAGCACAGAGAGCAGCCCUAAUGAGCUCCUCACCAGUUUCUGUGGCUCUCCACCUUACGCCGCCCCUGAACUGUUUAAGGAAAAAGGCUACAGUGGACAUCAUUCUGAUAUUUGGGCUUUAGGUAUCCUCUUGUACUUCAUUGCGACAGCCACUAUGCCCUUUUUCGGGGACAACCUGGGGAGGCUGAAGCGCUGCAUCCUCCAGGGGGCCUACACUAUCCCUGCUUAUGUGCCCGAUCCCUGCCAGCUGGUCAUCAAGGGCAUGCUUCGGCCUGUGCCUGCUGAUCGCUCCUCUCUCACUCAGAUUACAAACAGUGCUUGGCUGAGUGGGAUUGAGUACCCUCAUCCGUAUGUCUUGUUGCCCACGUCCCCGGCCCACCUCUCCCAGGCCAGCGAGGCCCUGUGCGCGGAGGAGCGGGAGGUGCAGAGGUUGAUGUUGGAGCUAGGUAUCUUGACAGUUCACCUCCAAAACAAUCCCUGUUUAGAUGGUAGGAGCCCACUGACAGGGACCUACCGCAUCCUCCUCCAUCGGGUCCAGAAGAGGAAGUCAGUGGAGGCUGUAGGUUAUUCAGCGCUUCACCCUGAUGAAUAUAGGAGCCCGAGCAAGUGGUCUGCAGCGUCUGUGAGCAAACACACUCCCUCUGCUGUUUGUGCAAUACUGUAAUGAAAAAUAACUGGAGUUGAGUUGUGGCUACACAGGCACUUUAUCACUUACACAUGUUCCCAUGUGCUAGUAGAGCAUCCAAGUUGUAUUGUACAAUAUUGGACCAAAAUGACACUCACGCACUCAGAGGUUGAGGUCAGAGCCGGAGGGUUCUUGUGUCCCUCAGUGUUAAGUCGUUUAUAGCUCGUAGACUAGGGUACCUCUCUUAAGUGAUUAGCUAUGGCUUUCUGUUCUGAUUAUAUCGCCAAGAACAAGCUUACUGACGCAAAGCAUCAGUCACUGUAUGGCAAUCAGCAUCUUCCAAUCCCUCUUAGUCAGAGCAUAAAUCUACUGAACUAAUCCAAGGCCACAGGUAAUCCUAAUAAGGGAGACACUGAGAACAUGCUUGGUCUAACAGAAAUGAAACCUGAGACUGCGGUGGGUGGGGGGUCAUUUCCUGACACUAGGUAUAAAACAAAAUUACAACCACAGACACAACGGGUGGGGGGGGGGCAGUAACUUAUGCCUAAAAUGCCUUCAUUUCAUAUAGAAAUUUAUUUCAAAACUUUCUGAAUAAAAUGUACAUUUUAUGACUGUAAGUUUUGCACAAUUUUAAUCUCAUUUUGGGUUAUGUUUUCUGGCAAUAGUUUCAUAAAUGCUUCAUGGAUACUGGCCUGAAUUUAAUGCCACUCUGUAUUAAUAAUUAUAGUAAUGAGUAAGGCCAAAUUCAUCAUUUAUAAUAAAAGCAUUUUCAAACAAUGA